AGUUGAAAGAAAUGAAAAUGGCUUCUGCUUUGAAGGCUGAAAAGAAGGGAAAGAUGGUCAAGAAAUGUAGUUGUAUGGGGAUAACAGUCCCUGAUCUCGAUUUUCAUGAUUUUGACACGGAUCGAUCUGAGGAAGUCUUCAAGUCCAGACAGAUAUGGGCUAUAUAUGACGAAGAAGACGGGAUGACCCAUCUUUACUGUCUGAUUCGCCAAGUCAUCUCUGUGAAACCCUUUGAGCUUCAUAUCACUUACUUAAACUCAUUACCUGACGCUGAAUUUGGACUUAAUAAAUCGUGUGGAAGUUUCAAGGCUGCACAUUCUGUGUUUGUUGAUCAAGUCAACAUUUUUUCUCAUCUUUUGGGCCGAGAAAACCCUGGGAAAGGAGGGUGUGUUAAAAUCUACCCGCAAGGAGGGGAUAUAUGGGCGGUUUGGAACAAGAAAACGUCCAAGAGGCGGAGAUACGAAAUGGUCGAAAUUCUUGAAGAUUAUUCUGAAAAAGCUGGAGCGUGUGUGACGCCAUUGGUGAAAUUAAAGGGGUACAAGAGUGUGUAUCAAAGAAACCCUGACAAAAGCGCGGUUCGGCUAAUUCCCAGAAAAGAAAUGGUGCGGUUUUAGCACCAGGUUCCAGCUUGUUUGCUGAAAGGUCAAGCCCUCAACUUGCCAGAUGGGUGUUGGGAUCUUGACCCUGCUGCUACACCAGAUGAAGUGGAAGGGGAUUUUGGUCAUUUACAAUAAUAGUGAGUGAGUGAGAAAUUUAGGUAGCUGGAUCCGAAAAGGUGAUCCUAGAGGCUGGAUCGAUGUUACUUGACCUUUUAGAUAGAUGUGCUAAUUACGUUUAUACCCUUAUGCAUUGCAUUGUACUUUCGUUUUAUCCACUUUUUUUUUGUUAACCUUGCUUCUUGGGAUGGAUACAUACAUGGCUAUGGUUGCCUGCUCCUCGGCCUACUUUGAUUCUCAAUUUAAUUUCAUUAUUUUGUUUUCAUC